UAAUAGGAUAGGAAAUUCAUCAAUUUUCUGUACGAACAUGGGAUGAAUCCUGAAACGACAACCCUAUACGGUCAUUCUCUUGGCGCUCAUAUAGUUGGAAUUGCCGGUCAAAAUGUAACUAAAAAAGUAAACCAUACUAUAGGUUGUGAUCCAGCUUGGCCUCUGUUUGUUUCUGUCCCCGAGAAUGAACGUCUUUCUCCUGACGAUGCUCUUCAUGUGGAAGUCAUACACACAAAUGCUGGAUUAUGGGGUUGCCCAGACAAGCUUGGCCAUUACGACUUUUAUCCUAAUGGUGGCUCGUCACAAAAAGGUUGUAAGGACGAUUUAAUUUCUGCCUGCUCUCAUGGUCGAUCUUUCCAAUACUUGGCAGAACAAAUUUUAAAUCCUGGUCCUGAUUUCUGCUCAUUAAAGUGCACAUCGUAUUCAGAAUUUACUGAAAAAACGUGUGAAAAGGAAAUUGCGUUCAUGGGUGGAAUUAGCAGUUAUCCCGCAAAUCCAGGAACAUACUAUUUUGAAACCAAUGACAUAGAACCUUUCAGUUUAUCAUCAGAAUGUGCAUGAACAUUGUGUUGAUAAACUAAAAAAAUUUAAUCGAAUAUUCGACUCAUUCAGGGAGGCCACUCAAACUUCAAAAAAAUUCCAGACUAUUUCCUAGAUUUCUCAGUGAAAAAUUACACUUUGCCGGUUGACAAAAGUCAAAUCAAAUCUAACAAAAUUUCAACUUUUUCCCGAUGCUCAAUGUUUCACAUUAAUACUCGGGUUUUCCGGUCAGUGACAGCUAUAAAUUUGUAUCGAAAAAAAAGAACAGGAGUUACAAAAGAAACAUUGCUCAAGUCUAUGAGAAAAUAGUGUACUACAACAAACCGGAUAUAAUAGAAUAGCUCGAAAUCCUUUACUAAUUUGUCGCAUCCGGUAAAAGUACCUACUUAUAGUGUAAAACGGAUAUUUGAUAAAUUAAACGACCUCUGCACGAGAA